AUGUGUCUGUUCAAAGCUAUACCCAAUCUUCUUAUCAGUGCUUCAUUUCCAUUUUGGAUUUGCCCAUUAUCAUUUUUGGAAUACACUAUCAUAGAUCUUCCAAGAUUUUUGAAUAUAUCCAUUGCUGAAUUCAUUGGUUUAUUCUGUUAUUAUUUUGCUUCUCUGAUUUUGAUUUGCAUGUCUCUAAACAGGUUUAUGGCUAUUUAUUUUCCCUUACGAAAAGUUCCCUCGAAAAUUCCUUAUUCAAAUUUAUCGAUCCUUGUUUGUUUUGUGUUUGCUAGUGGUCCAGUAUUUGUCCCAAAGUUUUUUGAUUGUUUUUUCAUUUAUGAUCCAGAGCUGGGAAUUUUUCUCUCUGAAGACGUUAAUAGAUGUGGGAAAGCAAUGGAUAGCUUUGUGAUCUACUCGAUUCCAGCAUUGGCUGUUAUUUCCAACGGUUUCAAUGCAAUUAUUUUUGGGAAGUUAGUGAAAGACAAAAUGACUGGAAUCAGUGAAAACCAAAAACAACAAAGACGAAUGAAGUGGAAAGCAAUGUAUAUUCAGACUGUGAUUCAAGACUUCCUGCCAGUUUUAGACAUCAUCAAUUUUAAUCUAAUUUCUGGUUUAAUUAUCUCUUCAUUGUGGUAUUUCAUAUUCAGUACUCUUUCCUUUGUUUGUAUUUACGCAAUUGAUGGAGCUGUUAUGAUGUUUUUUUACACUGACUUCGGAUUUUAUUGCUGUGGGGGGAAAGGUCCGAAAAAGUCAAUUACAUUUGUGUCAGGAGUUCAAAACGCUUGA